AUGAGAGAAGAUGAAACAAAUGAAACUUUGCAUUCUGGAAGAUUAUUCCAACAAUAUUCAGUAGAUGAACACAUAAAACUUGAAACACAGAGAUUGGACUUUUUUUCAUUCAAUCCAGAUCUCUUUAGGAUAGAAAUGCUGCAAGGACUCAUUGAUGUUUUAAGACUUGGAGAAAGAGACGCUUCAAAUAUAGGAAAGCAAACAUUCCUUCCUGUUACUUUUAUAGGCGGACGAAGAGACAUGCGUCGACGCAACAUGGAUGCUAUUUCUUUGGUACAACAAUUUGGAAAACCUGAUCUAUUCAUAACGAUGACUUGUAACCCAUCUUGGCCCGAGAUAAAAGAGCACUUGCUACCAACCGACGAAGCACAGAACAGACCUGAUUUAAUUAGUCGAGUUUUUAGAGCAAAGAUAGAAGAACUAAAAAUAGAUAUAUUAAAAAGAAAUAUCUUUGGAAAAGUUGCAGCUUUUAUGUAUACUAUAGAAUUUCAAAAACGUGGUUUACCACAUGCUCAUUUUCUUAUUAUACUUACUAAUGAAUACAAACUACUCACUCCAGAAUCUUAUGACAAUAUUGUUCGUGCUGAGUUACCUGAUUGUAAAGCUGAAGAAACCUUAUAUAAACUUGUUCUCCAACAUAUGAUGCAUGGACCUUGUGGUAAGUUAAAUCCUACAAAUUCAUGUAUGCAAAAGAAAAAAGGUUGUUGCAAAUUCAAUUAUCCAAGAAGCUUUGCUGAUCAAACAUCAAAAGGAAAAAAUUCUUACCCAAUUUAUAGAAGACGGAACACAGGACUUGUGAAAGUCAAAGAUCAUUAUUUCGAUAACUCAUGGGUUGUCCCUUAUAAUCCAUUCUUACUUGGAAAAUUCAAUUGUCACAUAAAUGUUGAAAUUUGUUCAGAUAUCAAAGCUGUUAAAUAUAUUUAUAAAUACAUCUGCAAAGGACAUGAUAAAAUUGCAUUUCACAUACAUGACAAUGACGCAAAUGUUGAAGUAGAUGAAAUAAAAGAAUAUCAGUCUGCUCGAUGGGUAUCACCUCCUGAGGCUACAUGGCGUUUAUUUGGUUUCCCUAUUAAUGAAAUGACACCAGCUGUUUAUCAUCUUCAGUUACAUUUUGAAGGACAAUAA